AUGCUUUCACAACGUCUUAGAGAACCGUUAGAUUUGGUUUGGGAGUCUGGUUACCAGACAUUCUGCACAAUGGGAUUCGCUUUGAUUGUCAUCAGUGCUCUAGCUACUCUGGCCAACCAGAUGGUAGUACAAGCUGCUGAUCUGACAUGCGUGUUUGGACCUCAUCACAAAGCGUCUCCUUCACCCGAGCCCGACAUUAGAGCAGACACUGCAUGCAGUCGAUAUUCUAGCCUUUCUUGCUGCUCACCAAACGUCUCGCACUCAAUUGACCAACAGGGUGACCAAGAGUUGUACAAUUUCCACUGGGAUGACUGCGGUGAGGUACCACCUGAAUGUGAACGCUUUUUGAAAGCCGAUAGCUGUUUUUUCCAUUGUGAUCCAUAUAUUGGACAGUGGAAAGGCUCGGAGGAGUUAUCAGUGGUCGAUCUACCUAUAUGCGCUUCCAAUUGUGACGAGUUUUUCGAAGCAUGCAAAGACGUGGCUAUUUGUGCACCAAAUUGGUUGACAGGCUUCAAAGAAGAUAAUGAAACGGGCCGUUUUCAUUGCGUCAAUAAGACAUGUCGUACCUUUGCAGAGUGGUAUGGAAACGGCAAGGAAAUGUGUGAAACCAUGUGGGGAGAUAACCAAUAUGUUGCACAUGAUAAUUGUGUGGUCAUGACGUUCACUGGUAACAAUCCUAAUGCGAACGUGAAGAAAGACACGAGUGGAGCUCAUGGCAUUGCACGUUGGCAAAGUAGUCUGUACUUUGUGCUUUCUGUCUUAUCUUAUAUUCUUCUCCAAUUUUGA